AUGGGUCCUCAAGAAUCUGAGACUGGCAGUGAUAAGUUCAGACUCCUUGUGAAACUUUCUUCAAACACUCCUGUCUUUGGCUGCAGAAUGUUCCCUAUCGUUCGUGUGAGUAGGCACCAAUCUUUCCUUCAACUUGAAGUCCCGCCUCACGAGCUCACUUUCUCAUGGUACCGAGAGCAGACUAGCUCUUCUUUUGACCGGGACAAGGUUCGCUGUUCUGUCCAUCUUGACAUGUUGGCCAAAAUGCAGUGCGAGGAAUGUGUAAAACUGAAUUUAUCUGUCAAGGGAAGUUACCAUUGCUCGAAUAGUUGUUAUGUGGAUGCAUGGGAAAAGCACAAGGUGUACCAUCGUUAUGCAGCUGAAACUGUUAGUGAGACUUUGAGUAACAAUCAACAAGAAGUAAGAAAUUUCAAGAGUUAUGGGCCUGAUAAAUAUUGGCCGGAGUCUGACUUUGUUGUGGGUUCAUCCUCUGAUAAGAAUGAAAAGGUGAUGGAACCGGACGGGAAAAUUUGGAUUAAAGUUGGAUCUUCGAAGUCUUAUGCACCUACAGAGCAUGAUAUUGGACACCGUCUGAGACUGGAAUGUGCAGCUGUUGAUUGUUCAAUGGGUACUAAUAUCACCCCAGUAAACAUCACAGUGACAGAUCCUGUGAUUUAUCCUCCUGCUCAUCCGCCUCGUUCUACAAUUAAAUGCGUCUGGAAAUCUUGGAACUCUGGUCUGGAAGCACACUCUUCCAGUGAUUUGACAUUUAGUGUGCUCUCCUAUAAUAUCCUUGCUGGUAUUUAUGCUACUGGUAAUAGGUACAGCUACUGCCCAGAGUGGGCUCUGUCAUGGGAAUACCGUAUGCAAAAUAUAAUUAAUGAGAUCAUUGAAUAUGACGCAGAUAUCCUAUGUCUUCAGGAGGUACAGAGAGACCAUUUUGAGGAUUUACUCAAACCUGCAUUGGCAAAAUGUGGAUACUCAGUUCUAUACAAGACGAAAACCAAAGAGGUGUAUACGCCUAACCAAUAUACAAUUGAUGGUUGUGCUACAUUUUACCGGCGUGAUAAAUUCAAAGAAAUUGUGAAAUAUGAGCUUGAGUAUGAUAAAUCAGCAUUGCCAUUUGUAGAAGCAUUGGAACCUGAACUGAAAAAGGAUGGUCGCUUUCGUCUGUUGAAGGACAAUGUUGCACUUGUCGUUAUAUUAGAAAGAGUUAAAAAUGAGGGAUCCUUCGAUGGCAAUCAACCUAGAAUUUGUGUGGCCAAUACCCAUAUACAUGCAAGUGAAAAAUUUCCAGAUGUAAAAUGGUUUCAGGUUGUGAGCCUCAUCGAUGGACUUGGGACAAUUGCCAACUCGAAAAUUCCUCUAUUGAUUUGUGGAGACUUGAACUCUCUUCCUCUGAGUAAUCCUCAUAGUUUCAUAAGUAAGGGGAUACUUCAGAGUGUUCCCAACAAGGAAACCGAUCCGUUAGGGGUAUAUCAGUAUCUCCGGCCUUGUCCUAUAUAUAAGCUGAAAAGUGCAUAUGCAUGUUUUUUUCAGUCAGAUGGUAUUGAGGAGCAACAACGAAGGAAGAUGGAUUCUGAAACCAUGGAGCCUAUAUUCACCAAUUUCACAUCAGAAUUCACAGGAACUCUGGAUUAUAUCUUCUUCACAGUUAAUAGUUUGAGGCUUGAAAGUGUACUGGAGCUUCUUGACAAGGAAGCCUUAGGUUCUGGUCUUCCAUCUCCUCAAUGGUCAUCAGACCAUAUUGCCCUCAUGGGAAGUUUUACUUUUACCCUUGAACGAAGCUCUUACCAGGGUCAGCGCUUACUACCAUGUCUGCCCAGUCCAUGGAGAACAGCAACUGCACAGUAA